AUGGCAUCCGGCCAAGCUCCGGGGUCAUCUGCCCCCUCCUCCAACAUCAACUCUCCUAUCCUACCCCCCGGCAGUGGCCCUCUUCUCAAUGGCGCAUUCUCUGAUCUUAACCCACGAUCCUCUCCUGCACCAGCUAGCAACGCAUCCGUUCAGGGAGACAGUGCGCGCGCAAAGCGAAACAAGCGUGACAGCCGCAAGAAGCGUGAAGCUAAGGGCCUCGAUAUUGAAGGCGCACCUCCACCCAAGAAACGCUCCACGGCAGCAAGCGUGGCUCGCCCAAGCGCAAACCUUUCGAUUCUCCGUCCACUGCUCCUCGCUGAACCCCGUUCGUCGGAUCAUUAUCCGCCAUUGCCACGGCAAUUCAACCAAGUGACCACAAAGACGUCGGACGUUAUUGGCAAGAGCUGGAAUUUUUAUGAGGUGGCGGAUAAACUCACCAAUAAGAAUGGGUUUCGCUAUAGCUAUGCGAUUGCCGACUCGGGAUUUCCUCAUAUCAAAUACCGUCAGACCGAUCUCCGACCAUACCACGCCCGUUUCAGCUUCGAGGACUCGCCUGCUGCGAUAUUCUUCUCAGAAGACGCCAGGGCAGUGACCACAACUGAUGCAUGGCACACGGCACGUGCGAAUGUGUGUGCUCGAGAAGGCUCGUUAUACUAUGAGGCUCGGGUCAUCAGCGGAGUCGUGAAUGGUUCUCCCGAUUCUGGGUCUCGUGGUCACGUCCGACUGGGAUUCGCACGACGUGACGCCGACCCCGAUGCCAAUGUUGGAGUAGAUUGCUAUGGUUACGGUAUUCGUGAUGUGAAUGGCGAAGUCGUCAAUCGCAUGCGCUGCGAGUCUUUCUUUCCAAAGGGUGAAGCUAUCAACGAAGGCGAUGUCAUUGGCAUGCUCAUUAACCUCCCUCCACUAUCCCUACACAAGAAGAUCGUCGAAGGUACCUAUAAUCCUGCCGUGGAUGGCGAUGGCACAGGUGCUGCAUCAAAGACCCCCAGCGCUACCAACAUCAUUCGAGAUCGCAUUCCUUUCCAUUGGAAAUCCGACUUCUGUUGGCAGCAGUCUAACGUCUUCUCCACCAAACAUCUUCGUGACUACGCCUUCAACCUGAAGGAACCACCGGCUUAUGGAAUCCCAUCACCCUUCAACAGCGAAGACGCAUCGCUACGCACAUUACCCGGAUCCAGCAUCACGAUUUUCAAAAAUGGCGUGAAGAUGGGCUCUCCUUUCAAAGAAUUGUACGCCUUCCUUCCCCCAGCAAGUCGCCUUGCCAGUACAAACAACCUUGGGAUUGGCGAGCGUGAAAAUGCCGACGAUGGCAUGAUAGGCUAUUACCCAGCAGUCAGUUGUUAUGGUGGUGGCGCCGUUGAAUGCCGGUUCGAGGGUCCGUGGUGGAUUGGUCCACCUGAGCAGACCGAGACUGGAGAGCCUAUCCGGGCUAUCGGUGACCGGUUCAAUGAACAAAUUGUCGAAGAUGUAGUCGCUGAUAUUGUGGACGAGGUUGAAGCCAUGUUCACUUGGGGUGGUGUCGACGGCGACGUGAUUGGCGAUAACAAUGGAGAGCUGGAUACCGCGUCUGGUGCUAUUAGAGGUUCCGAAGUACUGAAAGGUGGUGUCGGUGCUGCGCUUGACCCGGAAGUCUCUGCUGCCACUCCUGGAUCGACCACUGGUGCUGGGGCACCUGAUCCGGUUGCGAAUGGUCAUCAUGCGAUUCUGGCCACCAAUGGGGAUGAUGCUGUGAAUUCGCCUGCGGAGGAUACAAUGAGUGUUGGGACAGCCGGAACAGUUGGAACGGCCGGGACACCUAAAAUUGCCGUAGAAAUCCCAUUACGCUCGGCUGAUGAGGACUUGGACAUGACCUGA